GGUCCUUAUGACUAUCUUGUUCAUUAAUAAUGAUGACGUCGCUCACUUGUUUGGUCUCCCUUGCCUUAGAGAGGAAUGCAAGUCGUCGCGUUUCGGACGCAAAGAAUUAUCCGAUCUAUAUAAGCAGUUUGCCUUGUGAGCCGGGCCCGUUAGUUAAUCGGAUCAGGUCUAGAUAUGAUCGGAAUAAUCUCCAAUUCUAUCACAGCUGCCACACGGACUUGUCCUGCCACCAUGAGAUGAUUCGUACAAGAAAUUACGUGCUCCCAUCAACUCCUUGAGGCUUGUAUUGAUUCUUUCUUUAGCCAGGUCAUUUCCAUGCAAAGUAAUGGCAAGUCUCGCUCGUAGUUAUCAAGUUUAAGGCUGGCAUCAUGCGAAAGACAUGUCGAAUUGGACAUUGGUAGUGAACAAAUCAGCUCAACUUCAUUUUACAGAUCAAAACUCUUCCAAGGUUUGCCGGCCACGGCCAAUCAAAUCCAGCUUUUCAGCCGGCAUCUCGAAGCCGGAUCGCCGCACACUCCCGGAUAUAGGUGCAGACCCCUGAUUGCCAAGACAGAUAAGGAAGCGUAUUAAAAAUCCACAUAUGCGUACCUAUGUAGCAAUUCAAUAUCAAGAUGUAUUUGCCCACCAGAUAUUCAGCUAUGCUGCUCCAGGCUGAUCCUCGGCUCAUCCCCAGAC